CUCAAUCUUUGUCUCCAUCUUGCAGAGGAUCACGGGCAAAUUUACCCGAAUUGCAGUCGGGAAAGUUAUCCUUUAUAACCGAGAAGAGGAAAAGCCUGGCUAAUUAAGGAUUUCACUUGCAAGAAUUCACUAUACACCUGACAACCAUACCAUGUUAGUUAUGGAAAUAGUGAAUAAUGAACAAGUGGUACAUAGCUUAAUGGAGAAGCUGAGACCCCUUGUGGGUUUGCAAGGAGGAGGAGGCGGCUGCUGGGAUUAUUGUGUCAUGUGGAAGCUAAUGUGGGCAGAAGAUCAUUCUCCUCCUCCUCACCUUCAUCAUCAUCUAGACCAAAGCUGCUGCAGGUUCAUAGAGUGGGUCAGUUGCUGUUGUGGCGGAGCUGGAGCUGAUGUUGAUAGAAAUAUUAGUAUCACGGGAGAGGCAGAGCUUCUUAUGUUUCCGGUUUCUGAUCAUCAUGACCAGCGUCAUCCUUGCCGAGAUUUAAUGUUUCAGCAUUCAAGAACCAAAAAUUAUGAUCUUCUAGCUAAGCUGCCUUCUACAAUACCCUUGAUGGAUUCUGAUGACCACGGCACCGGGGUCCAUGCGCAGAGCUUAAUAUCAAACCAACCUACAUGGAUAACUAAUGUACCUAAUUGCUCCAUCCAACUAUCACAAUCAAGUUUCUCAUCCGAAGAAACGAUUGGGACAACGGUUUUGAUUCCUGUACCUGGAGAAGGAGGAGGAUUAAUAGAGUUUUUUGCUGCAAAACAUGUAGCCGAAGACCCGCAACUCAUAGAGUUCGUUAUGACACACUGCAACCUUUCCUGGGAAGAGCAGCAGCAGGAAACAGCAAUCAUGCUGAUGAACACUACUCUAGCUACUUACCAGCAUGAUCAUUACCAUCUUCUCGAUCAUCAGCAUCGACAACCUAUAGCUGAUGAUGAUGGCAGGUUUCAGCAGAAUGUCAGUGGUGGUAACGACAACUACGACAACGACAAUGGAUUAACCAAUCCCGCAGCAAUGUCAAACAUUAAUAAUUUUAACAAUAGUAAUCUCCCAUGGGAUCUUUCUGUUGAUCGAAUUCGCUUGACUAGUAGCUCGUCCUCAUCCCCCUUGAACUUCUUCGGGUGUGGACUAUCAUCAUCAGGGACACAACACCAAGAACAAGUGGAUGGUAAUGCAGUACUGGAUUCACCAAUCAUGGAUGAUAAGGCUCAUCACAAUAUAUCUGGAUUUGCAGAUAUUAUUAAUGUUCCCCUGCUGCAGGAAUCCCUGAUGAAUACUGCUGAUGCAACUAACUUGCACUUUGGCUCUUCAGCCAAUAAUAACAUUGAGUACUCAAUGUCAUCCCGAAUGCCAACAACAACGCCAAUCAAGGGUAGUCCAUCUAAUCAUCUAGCAACAGUGGGAAAGGCUGGAACGGAUAACAGGGAUUCGGAAAAUAAACUAGUGGGGUUGGACACAGGCCGAGCAGAUUCAGUACUCUCAGGUUGUAGUAAUGAUCGGAUAAUUGAGGGAGAAGAUGAAGAUGACAAUAAUACAACAAAUAGGUCAGGGAGGCCCCACCAAUCAAAAAAUCUGGUUGCAGAAAGGAAGAGAAGGAAGAAGCUCAGCGACAGACUGUACAAACUUAGAGCUCUUGUUCCCAAUAUCAGCAAGAUGGACAGAGCAGCAAUUCUUGGAGACGCCAUUGAGUAUGUCCAGGAGUUGCAGAAGCAAGUGAAAGAUCUACAAGACGAGCUGGAAGAUCAGCCUUCAGGAGAUCAUGAUCAGCAUCUUCAGGAUGAUUAUAAUGAACGCAGAAAGAACAAUAAGCAGCAGCAGAUUAGCAGUUGCUUGCAGCUCCAAUUUGAUCAUCACCAAAAUGGAACAUCCGGCUGGCCAACAGCUAAUGAUCAGUAUCAGCAUGAUCACCAGACUGUGGCGGCCACUGGUUCUAAAAUUGGACUUGCUUCUAAUAAUCAUCAGCACCAACAAUAUCUAGCAGGCCCCCCCGCUGCUAGAUGUUCCUCCAUCAGCAAUAAUAAUAAUAAUAAUAACAGCAAUAUCGUCAUAAACUGCAGCCAACAACCAUUGAAUAACAACCAGCAAAGUAGUAGUACUCCUACCUGGGAUGAUUCUCACGGUGAUGACAAACAACAGACGCAACAGAUGGAGCCCCAAGUUGAGGUGAACCAAAUAGAAAGAAACGAAUUCUUCCUCAAGGUUCUCUGUGAGCAUAAACCAGGAGGGUUUGGGAGGUUGAUGGAGGCAAUGAAUUCUCUUGGCUUAGAAGUAACCAAUGCCAACGUCACCACCUUCAGAAGCCUAGUUUUGAAUGUCUUCAAAGUCGAGAAAAGAGACAAUGACGAAAUGGUACAAGCAGACCAUGUUAGGGACUCGUUGCUAGAAAUAACUCGUGACAGGAUGAUGGGAGGAUGGCCGAAACAAAUAGUUGAUGAUCAAGUAGGUUUGGAUAUCAACAGUAAUUAUGAUCAUGACCAGCACCACCACCAUGAGCAUGGCUACGGUUGCCAUCCUAUCUCACUCCUGCAUCACCACCACCAAGGAUAGUUUGGUUUAACAAGUGACGGGGGAAUUGCCUCUGUAGUUCUUAUGGACACUCUUAUUUCGUCAAUCAUGAACUUCACUAAAGUUUUGUUUACUACAAUACUUAUAAAUUCUAUAGGUAAUAUGAUUCUACCCCUUUACAAUCCUGGUUUAUUGAUUUAGUUUAUAGAGUAUAUCGUAC